CAUCUGUUCCAUUUGUUUGAUUUGGUUUUUUAUUAAAAACACAGAUAUUUGUUUUUGGGCCUAAAUAUAAAACUGAAAUAUGGAAAUAACAAAAGAAUUUUUAGAGAAGACUUAUAAAAUAGAAAAGGAUGAUCAUAUGGCGUGUGAUAGUCCUUUCAGUACCUACAAAAUUGAAAUAAAGGAUGAACCCAAGCAAGAAAAUACAUAUUAUGAUGCAUUUGAGUAUUCAGAAUUGAAUGAAUGCUCCCUAAACACUACUAAAGUAGAACAAGAUGAAUAUAAAUUUAAACUAUUUGAAGAAAGUCAAACAACAAAUGAGGAAGGUUAUUCCCAGGAGAAUAAAAUGAAAACUAUUGAAAUUUUACCUGCACAUUCAUUUAAUAAAGGAAGCUGUAAGGAUGGACAGUCUCAAGCAAAAAUAUUAAAUAAAAAGAUAAAAGUUAGGACUGGACAAAGGCUUAGCAAGUGUGAAAUUUGUUUUAAGCAGUUUAGCAAUGCAAGUAAUUUGAAACCACAUUUAAGAUUGCACACAGGAGAAAAACCUUACAAGUGCGAAAUAUGUUUUAAACAGUUUAGAAAUGCAAAUAAUUUGAGAACACAUUCAAGAUUGCACACAGGAGAAAAACCUUAUAAGUGUGAAAUAUGUUUUAAACAGUUUAGAAAUGCAAGUAAUUUGAGAACACAUUAUUUAAGAUUGCACACAGCAGAAAAACCGCACAAGUGCGAAAUUUGUUUUAAGCAAUUUAGUCAAUCAUCUUAUCUGAAAAUUCAUUUGAGGAUGCACGCUGAGGAAAACCGUUAUAAGUGUGAAACAUGUUUUAAACAGUUUAGAGAUGCAAGUAAUUUGAGAACACAUUUAAGAUUGCACACAGGAGAAAAACCUUUCAAGUGCGAAAUUUGUUUUAAGCAAUUUAGUCAAGCAGUAAAUUUGAAAAUACAUUUGAGAGUGCACGCUGGAGAGAAACCUUAUAAGUGUGAAAUAUGUUUUAAACAGUUUAUAGAUGUAAGUAAUUUGAAAACACAUUUAAGAUUGCACACUGGAGAAAAACCUUACAAGUGUGAAAUUUGUUUUAAGCAAUUUAGUCGAGGACAAAGUUUGAAAAGACAUUUGAGAGUUCACACUGGUGAAAAACCUUAUAAAUGUGAAAUAUGUUUGAAGCAGUUUACUCAGACAAAUUCUUUGAAAAAACAUUUGAAGACUCACAGUGGAACGAAAACUUUACAAGUGUGAAAUUUAUUUUAAGGCGAUAUGCCAGAUAGCCAGAUUAACCCUUUCAGUCAGGGCCGGAUUUAAGGGAGGGCAGCUGCCCGGGGCCCCCACACUCCGAGGACCCCCACAAAGCGUCAAACGUAAAAAAUAUCAGCAAAUUAUUCACAUAGAAUUAUUUUUGUUUUAUGCAAACAUUUGUGCCGCCCAAUCUCAGAAUUUAGUUCCAGAAGCUGCAGCUGAGUGUUGACCUGCUGCCACAGCAUUAUUUGAUUCCUUAGAAGAAUUAUAUGUAUUUUUGUCAUCUAGAAGUGAUGCCGCAAAAUCACUAGUUAAAGGUCAAAAUCACUAUCAGAUUAAAGAAGAAUUAUCCAAAAUUUCAGAAGACGGUGAGCAACAAUUUAAAACUCGUAGCGAUACAAAUGGUUUGUGUAAUCGAAUGUGUUUACUGGAAACAGGAAAAUUUGCAAUAUUUUGGAAUUAAAUCUUAGAGAAAACAAAUAGCUCAAGUCAUAUUCUUCAAGAUUCAAAUAUUGCCUUAAGUCAGGAUCUGCGGCGGCACUUAGAUCACUUAAAGAAAUUAUACAGUCAAGACGGGACAUUUUCGAAAUAUAUGGGACGCGAGACGCGAUGGUAGUGGAAAUCAAGACUAUCCGACACAUAGAAAACGACCACAGAAUAUUCGACGGACUCCACUGAAUUAUGGAACAUUUCAAGAGACUGAAAUGACAACAUCAGAGAAAUUUAGGACUCAAAAUUUUAUCGCUAUUAUAGAUGACCUCAUCACCUCUAUUAAGUCAUAGGCUUUCAACAGAAUCUAUUCAUUCCAAUUAUUUUGGAUUUUUACAUUAUUUGGAAAAUUUAACUCCCAAUGAAAUUGAAGCUCACUCACUAAAGCUUACCGACAUUUACAGCAAUUAUUUAGAUGAAAUCCUAGAUGUCGAACUAGUACAAUUUAUAGAAUUUUUCAAUUCAAUUCAAUUUUUCAAUUUUUUCAAGGCAAUCAGCUGAUCAAAUAUAAGCAAAGAACUUCAAAUGUACCGACUGCUAGAAGAAGAGAAUGUGAAUGAUACUUUUCCAAACGUUGAGGUGACACUUUGUUUAUGUUUAGUUCUGAUGCAGUGGGGAGAGGUCAUUCUCAAAACUUACAUUAAUUAAAAAUUAACUUCGGUCUAUCUGCGCCAAGAGCCUUUGAAUAAUUUCUCUAUAAUGAGCAUUGAACACGAUUUCUUAUAGCAAUUAGACAUGUCCGACAUAAUCAAGGAAUUUUAAAUUAAAAAUCUCGAAAAGUACGCGGGCUUUAAUAACCAUACAUCUUACUAUGUGUAGAGAAUUAUAUUUUAUUGAUACUAUGUUCCAAAAGGCCAUCGAUCGAAGUCUUUAGCCAUACUAUGUUUACUUUUAAUAUUUUACUAUAACAAGUUACAGCUCUUGUAUUUUUUAUUAUUUAAAAAUAUAGACAUUUAUAAAAGUA